UUCUCCUUCCAGGAAAACGGCUGGGGGGCAUCCCUUGCUGAGAGACUGGUCAGAAAAUGUGAUGUUGUGAACCGAGGGCUCUCGGGGUACAACACCAGAUGGGCUAAAUUGAUCCUUCCAAGACUGAUCCCUAAAAGUACUAGUGCUGAGAGUAUUGUUGCGGUUACUAUUUUCUUUGGAGCAAAUGACAGUGCUUUGAAAGACCUGAACCCGAAGCAACACGUUCCUUUGGAGGAAUAUGCUGCGAACUUACAGAGCAUGAUACAGUACCUGAAAUCAGUAGGCAUUACUGAAGACAGGAUUAUUUUAAUAACGCCACCACCUCUUCAGGAAUCAGCUUGGGAAAAGGAGUGUCUUGCCAAAGGCAACCAAUUAAAUCGCCGCAAUGCCACCACUGGGGAAUACGCCCAGGCCUGUGUUCAGGUAGCCAGGGACUGUGGGACGGACAUACUCGACCUCUGGACACUGAUGCAAAAAAAUCAGGAUUUCUCUGCCUAUUUGUCUGAUGGUCUUCAUUUAUCCACAAAAGGCAACAGCUUUCUAGCAGCACAGCUUUGGUCAUGCCUGGAAAAAAAACUGUCUGCUCUUCCUUCGCUGCUUCCUUACUGGCGUGACGUGGACCAUACGAACCCUGAGGCCAGUCUUCUGUGA